GAAUCAACCGAAAGUAAAAAGGUACCACCAUUGGAAUUUACAGUACUAUAAAACUAAGGGCCACUACACUUAUAACGGGACGACUCAAAUCAUAUAUUAUAUACUGUAUUUGAUAUACCUUAUAUAUAUUUAACUUUUAACUUGUUAUUAUUAUUACAGCGUCAACUUAUAUAAUGUCUACUACUGUUGAUGGAAUUCAAUUUAGUCAGCCGCUGAAAUAUGUCGGAUUUGAUACUAUUACUACUCAAAUUGAAAAUAGAUUAUUAAAGAAAGGAUUUCAAUUUAAUGUUAUGGUUGUAGGAAGAUCAGGUUUAGGUAAGAGUACUUUAGUUAAUACCUUAUUUUCAUCUAAAUUAACUGAAUCAAAUGGUCGUAAAUUACCUACUGAACCAAUUGAAAAGACAACUUCAAUUCAAGUUAGUUCUCAUACAUUAAUUGAAAAUAAUGUUAGAUUAAAUAUAAAUGUUAUUGAUACUCCAGGAUUUGGUGAUCAAAUUAAUAAUGAAAAAUGUUGGGAACCAUUAGUUAAAUAUAUUAAAGAACAACAUUCACAAUAUUUAAGAAAAGAAUUAACUGCUCAAAGAGAAAGAAAUAUUCCUGAUUCAAGAGUUCAUUGUGUAUUAUAUUUCAUUGCUCCAACUGGUAAGAAAUUAAAACAACUUGAUAUUGUAGCAUUAAAGAAAUUAUCUGAAAUUGCUAAUGUUGUACCAGUUAUUGCUAAAUCUGAUUCUUUAACUCUUGAAGAAAGAGCUGAAUUUAAGAAAGUUUUACAAAAUGAAUUUAUUAAUUAUAACUUUAAUAUUUAUCCUUAUGAUAGUGAAGAUUUAUAUGAUGAAGAAAGACAAUUAAAUGAAGAUAUUAAAUCAUUAAUUCCUUUUGCAAUUGCUGGUUCUGAACAAGAAAUUGAAAUUAAUGGUGAAAGAGUAAGAGGUAGAAAGAGUAGAUGGGGUGCAAUAAAUAUUGAAGAUGUUAGUCAAUGUGAAUUUGUAUUUUUAAGAGAUUUCUUAACAAGAACUCAUUUACAAGAUUUAAUUGAAACAACUGCUUUAACUCAUUAUGAAACUUUCAGAUCAAAGCAAUUGAUUGCCUUAAAGGAAAAUGCUAAUCCAAAUAGACAAUCUGCUCCAAUUCAAACUCAAUCUCAAACUCAAUCUCAACCUCAACCUCCAACUGCACAACCAUCUCAACAAGAUCUUAAAUCACAACCAUCUCAAGGUGUUUUCCCUCCAACCAGUCUUCUUUAGAUAUAACCAGUAAUCUUCUUUAGUUCCCACAUAUAUAUUAUGUAUCUACUUAUAUGUUUGGAUAUAUAUAGUUUUCAUUCAUCUCUUAUAUAUUGAGUUCUUUAUUAUAUAAAUAUAUAUAUAUUAUUAUUAU